UCGCGUGACUCGUCAUUUCCACUUCCGGUCGGCGUCGCCAUGGCAACCGGGAAGCCAAGUGGGGCUGCCUUGUCUCGGGAGAACUGCCGAAUGAGGCAUCCAGGUGCCUGUAUUCACAAUGAUGGUCGGUGCCAUAUUUCAAGCCCUGCCAGGCAGGGUGUGUUACAGCGACCGUUGAAAGGGAAAGGCGCUGGGGGAGCUGCCCAGGGAGGAGGGAAACAGUCUGAAGAUGGUGCAAAUGCAAAUGGGAAUGAGGAGGUGGAGAAGGAGGAGGAUGACGACGACGAAGAGGAGGAGAAGAGGACGGCACCCCUUGAGUUAAUGGCUGAGUUCCUUGGAGCGAUAAUGGGUGCCGACUACAAGCUAGCAAGGAAGCUCUGUGAGAUGAUCUUGAUUUUCGAGCCGCACAAUGCAGAAGCCAAGCAGUACCUGCCUGUUAUCGAAGCGAGGAUCACUCAAGAGGUCGAGGCAUCUCAACACGAAGACAGCAGCGAUGAAGAUGAUGAUGAAGAGAGUGAUGAUGACGACGACGAUGAUCUCGACGACGACGACGAUGAUGAUGACAGUGAAGAGGAUGAAGAUGAACCUUUCAGACGCAAUGCAUUAUGCUUAAACCUUCAACAAAUUAGCAUCAAAUAAUACAUCGUUACAAUUGUAUUCAAGUCAGCACAUUCUCAUUUCAAGACAAUGUCAAUCCAUCAAGGGAGACAUUGGAGGAUUAAGCAGUGGUCCUUUACCAAGUGCAAAGAGACUAUUUGAAUACCUCGUGCCUUGCCAUAGUCGGUUUGUCAGUUAAUGCUUUAUGGAACAGCAACAUUAACAUCAUCGACCAUGGUCAUUCCACUGCUGGAUGAAGCCCUUCCCAAGUUGCCCCACCACCCUUUUGCAAUUCUGUCCUGUAAUAAUCCACCUCGCAUCUAUAAACGGACUGAUUGUAUUUCUCCAUCUCCUUGGUUAGUUAGAUAAAUGUUUUAGAAGGAUGAUCCGUUGAUUAUCUACUUGUCAACAAUGCUCUCAAUGCAACGCGCAUUCCCUGAUUCAUAAAACCCGCAUCAACAAUAA